UCAAGACUCUGAACCUCUCACCUAAUCUGUACCUCCUCCUUGGAAAGAAUUCCCCCUUCUCCAAGUCUCGAUCUCAUCCCCUUCCCUUCUUCGAUCCCCUUCGCUAGGAUGAGCUCGUGACAGACUUAAAUGGACACGGACACACGGUCUUCUUCUUCGCCUCUACCCCCCAGUUCAAAACCGUGGAAUAUCCAUAAGCCAAGUCCACAUGCCUUAUGGCCACCGCCGGCGCCGUCGUUGACCGGCUCCUACGCCGGUUGGCCUCCGACGCUCGCCGGUCGGAGCUACCCUCGGGCGUAGACGAGCACGUGGCGCAUCUGUGGCGAACUCUGUCGGGGUUGCAAGUUGUGCUGCUAAGUGUGGAGAGAUAUUUUAGGGCGCGUACGGAGGUGCAGGAUUGGAUGGCGAAGAUAAAUCAGAUUGUCUAUGAUACUGAACAUCUCUUGGACGAGUUUGAAGACCAAAAUGGCAUCGGAUCUGAGAGGACCGGCUGUAUUACAAAGGCAACAUCAUUGUGUUCUUCAUGUCCAUUUUUCUUGUACGAUACCAGAGUGAAUAGAAUGAAGAUACUCAGAAAAAGGUUGGAUCUUUUAGCAAGAGAUUCUGUGGUUUUCAGUUUGAUGCAGCACCCAAAGUCUGAUCUUGAGCAAUCUGAUAUCCAAGAAGAGUUCUAUAGAGCUGCAAUUGUUGGAAGAGAUAGUGACAAAGAAAAAAUAAAGGAAUUAAUGUUGGAAAAUGAUACAGAAACAUUGUCCAUCAUUCCCAUAGUUGGCCUUGUGGGUUUGGGGAAAACAGCUCUUGCCAGAUUAAUUUUCCAUGACCAGGGAGAAGGGUGGAAUUUAGAUCUUCGUAUUUGGAUCGGCUUAAAUAGGAAAUUUGACCUUAAAAACAUUGCUGCUGAUAUAAUCUCACAAGCUAAUGGAACAAAAGAAGGAUCCUCAGAAAUCAAUACCAACAUUCAGAUCCAUGAAAAUCUCCAAUUGCUAAAGGAUCGUUUGCAGAAGACACUUCAUGACAAACGUUGUCUAAUUGUCUUGGAUGACCUUUGUAGCAUAGAUAAAAGCCAGUUGGAUGAACUGAAGGAAAUGCUCAGGCGUACGAACAAGUGGAUCAAGGUUUUGGUGACCACUUCCAGUGAAAUAACUGCAGAGCUAAUGCACACUUUCCCACCGUACAAGUUGUUUCCAUUGUCUGAAGAUGACUGUUGGGAAAUAUUUUCUGAAAAAGCUUUUGGGGAUGGAGGUACUGUUAAUGCAUGCCUGAAGAAAAUUGGGAAGCAAAUUGUGAAAAGAUGUGAUGGAAUACCAUCUUUAGCUCAUUUUCUUGGUUCAGUAGUGCACAAUCAAGUCAUGGAUGUCUGGUUAGCAGCAAGGGAUGAACCAAUAUGGAAAUUAGAGAGCACAUAUUCCAUGAAAGUUAAAGUGUUUUCAUCACUGAAUCAAAUAUACUAUGACAUGCCCUCAGCGCUGAAACUAUGCUUUCUAUAUUUAUCAGUAUUUCCUAAGGGAUCUAUUAUUGAUAAAGAAAAACUUAUCAGACAGUGGAUUGCGCUUGAUAUUAUUGGAUCAAAACACGGAACUUUGCCAUCCUAUGUGCAGGCGGAGAUGUACAUUCAGGACCUUCUGUCAAUACAUUUCCUCCAAGUCAGGAAGACACAUUCAGUUAAUGGAAUGGAGAUCAGUACAUCUCCUACAACACUCUACAUGCAUAACUUCGUCCAUGAAUUUGCAAGGCAUGUUGCUUGCAAUGAUAUUAUUAUUUUGGAUGAUAGAGAAAUGAAUGAUAAUGCAAAAGAGCUCUCCUUCCAAUAUGCAUUGUUGACCCAUCACAAAGAGCAAUCAACACUUUGCAGUGCACUGCUCACAAGGGCAAGGGCAUUACACUUCCUGAAUGCUGAGGCUAUAAAGCUCCAUCGAGAAGCAUUUGAAUUACUGAAGCAUCUGCGUGUUUUGAAUCUCAGUGGAAGCUGCAUUGAAGAAAUACCCGCUUCCAUUGGCCAUUUGAAACAUCUAAGAUACCUUGAUAUUUCUGGCUUAAAGGUUCAGACAUUACCUUCCUCCAUGAGUACAUUGAUAAAUCUUGAGGCGUUGGAUCUAUCAAAUACUUCUCUCAAGGAAUUGCCCUCUUUCAUUGGUUCUUUAGAGAAGCUAAAAUAUUUGAACCUGCAAGGCUGUGACAUACUUCAAAACUUGCCUGCAACCCUUGGUCAUCUCCAAACACUUGAGCAUCUUAGGGUGUCAUGUCGUUAUGAUAUUGGUGAGCUAGCUGACUCUCUCUGCAAUCUUCAGGAUCUUCGGUUUAUUGAUUUGUCAAGCUGCACUGAGCUUCCACAGUUGCCUCGUUCAUUUGGUAAUUUAAUGAAAUUGGAGGAUCUAAACCUAUCUAGUUGCUUCAACCUCAAGCAGCUACCAGAAUCUUUUGGCAACCUUUAUUUUCUUAGGUCUCUGAACAUGUCGAGCUGCUAUGAGCUCGAACAAUUGCCUGGAUCUUUUUGUAAUCUCGUCAAGUUGGAAGUCCUUAUACUUAGGAGGUGUCGUAGACUUCAAAACCUCCCUCCGUCCUUUGGGAAUAUCGAGAACCUUCGAAUUUUGGAUCUAACUGGCUGCGAGGCACUUCAUGUAAGUGUUGGGAUGUUAACAACCAGUUUGGAGUAUCUGAAUCUACAGCAAUGUCUUAAGCUGCCGACUCGGCCUAACUGUUUAAAUAAUUUCACUGGACUGAAGUUUUUGAAUCUCUCACAGUGCAUCCCUACCAUUGACUGUAUGCAAUCUCUUGGCUACUUGUUCAAUCUAGAAUAUCUGAACUUGUCGCAAAAUCCUCUCGUCAUACCUGUGUCUUUUGUUAGGCUUCAGAAGCUGCAUACGUUGGACCUCACUGGUUGUGCUCUUGAGCAUCCAUCCCAUAGUUUACCUCAAAUGUUCCUAGAUAUCAUACAGAAAAUGACAGGACUGAAAUUUCUGUUGACGAAAGAUCCAAUGAUAGUGGCCUGUCUUCCACCAUACAUCCGGUGCUCUGUUAGGAUUGAUGAAAACUGGCACUUAACGACCGACGAGCUUGUUAUUCCAGACCUCACAAGAGGGUCCAGGGGCUUAACUAUUGCAGAGAGAGCAAAUUUGAAGAAUCGACCAGAGCUACGUUUCCUUAAGCUGGAGUGGACUAAUACUUCUCAUCCAGCUGUACAUGGAAUAGAUGAAGAUUUAGGUGAAGAAGUUCUGGAAAAGCUCCAACCACACCAGAGUUUAGAGCAUUUUGAGCUAGUUGGGUAUUCAGGAUUUGCAUGGCCUACAUGGAUGAUGAACAACAUGGUGACUUUACUCCCCAACAUUGUCAGACUCCAUCUGCUCUGCCUUGGAAACUGUAAAGAUCUUCCUCCACUGGGCCAGCUAAUAAAUUUGCGGCACUUGCAUAUAGGAGAUAUGCCUAACCUCGUAAAUCUAGGUAUGGGUCUUUCUGGGGGCACACAGCCCUUCAAGAAAUUAUUACACCUCAAAUUGGAAAAUUUACUAAACCUAGAAGAGUUGCCUAUACUGUUGUUGACAAACAAUGGGAAUCAGCAGUUCAUGUUCCCUGCUCUUGAGGAAUUGUUCGUGCUAUCGUGCCCUAAUCUUAUGUUCAAACCAUCUCUGCCGAAGUGUCAGAAAUAUGGAAUAAAAGAUAGUAACAUGAUUCUGUCAUGUGGGGAACCUUUGGGGCCACUGUCAUCUCCAUCACCAGCAAACAUAAUGAUUACUGGGUGCAGGAUAUCUUCCAGUUGGUUGCAAUGGCUUGAAUCCUUGCAGACUAUCGAGAAAAUAGUAAUUGAUGCAUGUGUGGGGGAUGAUGGUGAAGCAGUAACCUCUUUCAAGCUCCUAGGGGUAAGAUACACGCAAGAAUCAUCCAGUAGAAAGAUUCCGAAUGAAAAAAGGAACCAAAGCUCAUCUGGGACAAGGAUUUUAAAUGAAUUGACCACUCAGGAUGAUGCCUAUACGAGUACUCGCCAUGUUGUGGACGUGGACUCAUCGGGCUGGCAAUCCCCCGGUGAAUCAUCCUUGAUAUCUUUACAGCAAAACCCAGCCACAACAGGCCUUGGUACCUCAAUAAUCCGGAAACUUUUCCCCAAGUUUAAUACCAGUUCGGGACAAUCAGUGGAGCGUAUUACAUCCUCUGCAGUAAGCAUGCCAUCAGUGGAGACUCCACCAACCUCUCACCAGCUGUCUAGGUCCAAAAUGCCUGCACAAAUACCUCGAGUACGAUCCUUGAGCUUAAGCCUUAAGCAGGUUCAGAAGGCUACUCGGAGAUUUUCACCUGCACUUAAGCUAAGUGAAAGUGGAUCCUGGGAAGUCUACAAGGGUAUCUUACCAAAUAACCAAAUUGUUGCCGUGAGGAGAGCUAAAAAGGGCUGUGAUCGUGCUGCGGAAGUUCACAAGAAAGUGCAGCUCCUUACAGCAAUUAAUCACUGGAGUUUGGUGAGGUCUCUAUGUUUUAUUGAUAAAGGAAAUCAGUUUAUUAUGAUCAGUGAGUAUGUUCCAAAUGGCAGUCUAAGGCAACACCUGGAUGGCCAACAUCAGAAAAUCCUGGAUUUGGAUCAACGCAUAUCGAUCGCUAUUGAUGUUGCUAUUGCCUUGACUUAUCUUCAUUUAUGUGCUGCAGGGGAAACAAUGAUCUGUUAUGAUUUGAAGACAACGAAAAUCCUUCUGACAGAGAGUUAUAGAGCAAAGUUGGGUACUUUUGAAUUGUCAGCAAGUGGUGACAUGGAUAAAGUGAUAGGGACAAUUGGCUACAUAGAUCCACAAUACAACCGUUACUGUGAGCUGACAGCUAAAUCCGAUGUCUACACUUUUGGUGUAAUACUCUUAGAAAUUAUAUCUUCCCGUGGACCGCAAAUGUGGGAUCAAGACAUGCGAGACUCAGGGAUCUUUGACAACCAUCUUGGCCCUGGCAUUGCGGCAUGGGCUCUCGAGAGAUUUAAGGCAGGCCAUGUCAGUGAGAUAUUGGAUGACCGUUUGGCGGAUCAUGUGGAUGAAGAAUUUCUUGGAGACUGGCUUGGUUUAGCAUCCUGGUGUACAAGUUUCGAAGUGGAUGAUCGCCCAAGAAUAGAGGAGGUAGGGGAGCGGCUGUGGGAAAUAUGGAAAGACCACAGAAAUCGCAUAGGACAGCCGUACGAGUACGAGAGGAGUUGGGAAGAAUUUGUGAAAGUGGAGUGGAUACCCAGUGGUGUCGAUUCCAGAGACAAGAGCAGCGGGCAUGCGGAGUUUCCUGAAGAAGGGAAGAUGACAAAGCACCAGUAUUCGCCUGAUGUGAGCAGUCCACAGUUGCAAAUGACCCAGUACGACGCUUCUCCUAUCGGUUCUGAUAUUACACUUUCUCCUCCACUCUCUCCCCGGUAGAAAUCAGCAGUUUCGGUUUUGCGCCUGACUGGUAAAGUAGGCGACAAGCUGGACCCUGGAACUUCCGCAGCACCGUGACCUUGAGCCCCUGACAAUCCUUUGUCAUGAACUCUGCUGCUGUAACCCUCUGCUGACUGGUUACACUUGUACUCCCUCUGUAAAAAAAUACAAGUGUUUAGAUCACUACUUUAGUAAUCCAAACGCUCUUAUAUUUCUUUACGGAGGGAGUACCAUUCUCAUCGACCAUGGACGAGCUGUGCUAAGCUGACAAAACCAGGCUGCUACGACUCUGAACUCCGUCCAUGCCCAUUGUGCAUGGUGAUUCGAGGCCAUUGACGUCGCCAGGAAGCUUACUGGAGGACUGCAAGGAAUCUGCCGUGUUCCCUACAGGAUUGCCGUCCGCACGUCCCUUGCCCUGAAUUGGAUCCUUUUAUGUGUUCUGCUGCUGCAAUCCAGAAACGCUGCAGAGUUUGAUUGUAGUUUUGAGGGUAGAAGAGCCCACACUAUUGUCUUCUUCACAGCGCCUGGUUGGGUUUGUUUUGCUCAGUUAAUUGGCACUUUGGUUGCUGGAAACUGCCAACAUGGGUUCUGAGUUUGGGAAUUGUUAAUGCAUGAUCCUUGUUCCAGCAUGGACAAUAUGCAUAGAUUGAUGUGUCGUCCAACCCGUUUGCCGGCGACAGCUCGGCGUUCUCUGUGUAGUUGUAGGAGUCUAGGUGAGGACUGCCUACUACUGGUGAUAAGAUGAUCAUGGGCGCACAGCUGGUUAUUUCCAUCUCGCUUUACUGAACCCACGAUGAGUUUUCUGCGCAUGUGGCUGGUUUAGUUAAACUACUAAUUCAUAUACAGAACUUCUACUUCAACCUGAUCAAGCUUCUGAGCUGUUGCACUUCGAGAAUAUUCAACUGUUUUUAUGUACCUGAUGCAUCCAAGAAGCAGGCAUACAAUAGAAGUACAAUUACGGCAUCUUCUAUCUUUUUCCUGUGGCAAGUGACCAACAUGCAGGUUUACUUUCAGAACCAAAAUAUUGUAGUGUUGCACACACCAUGAUAGUGCUAUUAUUUUUUCCCAAUUUAAUUAUCAUCUUGAUCCCUUCA